ACAGGCCACAUCAUGCUGACUAUGUCGCCCACCCGCAGUCGACCCACGCAGAGCUCCAGACGGCUCAGUUGCGCGCUCUUGUGCGCGCUGCUGCUGCUCCUGCAGUCCUGUCCUCCCGCUCAAGCCCAGUUCAUGGACACCGAGUCUGAAGAGGAGCUCAGUCCCAGAGCGCUUCGGGAUUUUUACCCAAAAGGUCCGAACCUGACCAGUGAGAAGCAACUGCUUGGAGCUCUCCAGGAAGUGCUUGAAAAGCUGCAGACUAAAAGACUGCCGAUGUGGGAGAAGAAAUUUGGACAAGUCCCAACGUGUGACAUCGGGGAGCAGUGCGCGGUGAGGAAAGGAGCUCGCAUCGGGAAGAUGUGCGACUGUCCCCGGGGAGCUUUCUGCAACUCUUUCCUGCUCAAGUGCUUAUGAGCCUGCUCGGCUUUCAAUGUUAGAAUGUCGCAUCAAGAUAAGUAACUGUCGCUCAAUUCCUUCAUAACGUCAUAUGAAGGAGGGUGAUAAUACGUUUGUUUAUUCUUUUUUCUCACAUUCAAGUCUAUAACAACAUGUACUGUAUAUGAAGCACAAUAGAGUACCAGGUGCCCACACGGGUGAGGCAAGGAAUUGUCACCUAUGGACACCGACCUUCAUGAACAUGUGCUGUGACUGCCGAUUAUAAAUUCUGUACAAGGUUGUGAUUGAGACUGUUGUUACAUUGCAUUGCAUACAACGGACUUGAUGGUUAUGAUGUUGAAGUAUCACUUUCACAUACUCAUGUGUAGAAUUGUUCCAUAAAAAUAAAAGUGUUGCAAUCUUGUUUCUGAUAAA